AUGCCAUCGGUUAGUACCUUAAAGAGUUUAAAUACUCAAUACUUAAUUUCAUUAUCAAAAUAUCCUUUAUUCACUAAAGCAGUUACAGCUGGAAGUUUUGCUGCUUUAAAUGAAAUCCUUUCAUCGAUUAUAACUGAUGAAUUACAAGAACAAGUGAUCUUUAAAGAUUAUAAAGUUAAACAUUUCUUUACUCCAAAAUUAAUCACAAUGAUUAUUUAUGGUAGUUUUAUUGCUACACCAAUUGCUCAUUAUUUAUAUGAAAUCAUUAAUAAAAAAUUAUUCGUUGGUAAAUUAUCGGGAAUUCAAUCAAUUUUAAAGAUUUUAACUUCAUUAUCAACUGUUACUCCGUUAUUAGCUGCUUGUUAUACUUCAUGGAUUUCCCUUAUUAAUAAUUAUCAAUUCCCAUCAUCAUGUAAAGAUACUUCAAUUUCAAAAGAAUUAAGUAAGAUUUUAUAUAUUGUUAAGUUAGGAUUAAAGAAAGGAUAUCCAACUGUGUUAAAAUCUUCAUUAGUAACUUCAUUCUUUUCAUUAAUCGUGGCUCAAAAAUUCGUUCCUCCUGAAUUAUGGGUGGUAUUCUUUAAUGUAAUUUAUUUUAUCUUAGGUACUUAUCAAAAUACUAAAUUGAAAUUAUUACAAAAGAAACAAAGAUUAGAACAAGAGAAGACUGAAUCUAAAGAAGAAGAAUCAAGUGAAACUAAAGAAAAAUCAGAUUAG